AUGUCUAAUCCCACCGAACCACCACCACCCUACACCGAGAGUGCCACUCCCAACCACCCCCACAAAACCCGAAGUGGUAUUCCUCCUCAAAGCCGUCGUUCCAUGGAAGACGAAGCGCGUUCCCUUCCUCCUGGUUGGAUUCGUCAAUACGACACAGAAAGCAACCAUCAAUUCUUCGUCGACACCCGACAAACCCCUCCCCGCUCCAUCUGGCGGCAUCCCUACGACGACGACGAAUAUCUCUCUUCUCUCCCACCCAACGAACGUCAACGAAUCGAAGGUAUACACCGUGUCCCCAGCGAUGCCGACCUCGAAGCCGAAAGCACAGACGACGAUUCUGCUCUUCCUGCACGCUCUCAGAAUGCUCGUCCCAAUGAGCAAAAUCCCACUGGCAUCCACAAACUAGGUCGGAAAAUGAAAGACAAAUUAACCAAUUCCACGCAUCCUGAGCGAGAAGCCCGUCGUAGAAAGAGAGAAGAAGAAGAAGCUGCUAUGUAUCGACGUCAUCAAGCUAUUCGAGACGCCAUGCGCAAGGCGAUUCAGACAGGCGAACCACAGCUAUUGGGUAAAGAUCGCAAUGGAAAAGAUGUGUAUAUCGAACCUCCGAGAAAUACUGCAGGAUAUCAUCCGGGUUCGGGAAUGGCCGGUGCGGGAACAACGAGAUUGGGCAUGUAUCCUGCGGGAGGAUAUGGAUAUAAUCCGUUCAUGCCUGGUGGAGGAGCGUUUGGACCGAGUCCGUAUGCGAUGGGGAUGGGUGCGUAUGGUAGACCGGGGAUGCCGUAUAAUAGGGGUUAUGCGAGGGGAUAUGGAGGGGGAGCGGGAUUGCCGUUGGCGAUGGGAUUGGGUGGGGGGUUGAUGUUGGGAGGAUUGAUGUGUUAG